AUGACUGACUUUAAACAAUUAUAUAUUGAACGUCCUAUUGAUGAUGGACAAGCUUUAACUGAUGAUGAUAUUUAUUGGAGACCAUUAUCAACUGCACAUCCAACAACACUUCGUGAAUAUGGUCCAGUUACAACUAUUAAUAUAGCUCCAACACGUCAACAAUGGAUUUCAAUUACAGAUUCAACACGUGUGCAAAUAUAUUCACCUGAUACAUUAUCACUAGUUCGUUCGUUUUAUUCAUUUAAAGAUACUGCAUAUUGUGGAACAUUUCGUUCAGAUGGUCGUUUAGUUUGUGCUGGUUCAAAAGAUGGUAUUGUACGUGUAUUUGAUUUCGAAACACGUACUCAACUACGUCAUUUUAAAGAACAUCAAGGAUCACCUGUUCAUUGUACUUAUUUUUCACGUGAUAAAACAUAUAUAUUUACAGGUAGUGAUGAUCGAACGGUACGCGUAUUCGAUUUAGCAACAGAAAAACAAUUAUCAAAAUUUGAUCAUGUUCAUACGGAUUAUGUUCGAGCAUUAACACCAGGUUCAACAACAAAUCCUCAUUUAUUUUUAAGUGGAAGUUAUGAUCGAACAAUGAAAUUAAUCGAUCGAAGAAUGUCUAAUAAUGAUAAUAUUUUAAUGAAUUUUGAUCAUGGUGAUCAAAUUGAAUCGGUAUUAAUGUAUGCUAAUGAAACACUUGCUAUAACUGCUGGUGGUCUUUAUUUAAAAGUUUGGGAUUUAUUAGGUGGUGGUCGUCUUUUAGCAUCAUUAUCUAAUCAUCAUAAAUCAAUAUUAUGCACAGGAUUUACUUGUGAACAAAAUUAUAUAUUAUCAGGUGGUCUUGAUCGUCAUGUUAAAAUUUAUGAUGCAUCAACAUUUCGUGUUGUUCAUACAAUAACAUAUCCUGAUGCUGUUUUAUCAUUAGGAAUGAUUGGACCCAAUGAUCGAGCAUUAUGUGUUGGUAUGCCCGGUGGUUUAUGGUCAGUAAAACGACGAGAUGGUUCACAGCAAAUGUCAAGUUCAUCAUCGGCUGUUACAAUAGCAAAUGGUUAUGGAUCGAUUAAGAUCGAUAAUAAUAGUGAUAUGAUAACAUCAAAUAAUUCACUUGUACCAAUUGAUGAUGAAUCAACAAAUGAUACAAAAUCUACAGCUUCAUCUGGUUCAAGAAAAACAAAAUCAAGACGACGUUUUUUUCCAUCUGGUAUUGUUACUCCAACAACAACGGAUCCAAUUGCAACUGCUAGUCGACGUCCUCGUCUAGCACCAUAUGAUAAUUAUUUACGAAAAUUUCGUGCAUCAGCUGCUUUAGAUGCUGCAUUCACAUCAGCACUUAAACGUCGACAACCAGAUAUUGUUUUAGCUUUAUUUAAAGAAUUAUCACGUCGUCAAAUGCUUAAACAAGCAUUAGCAGGUCGAGAUGAUUUAUCAUUAUUGAAAAUUCUUCGUUAUUUACAAAAACAUAUUGCUCAUACAACAUAUAUGCCUAUAUUAAUUGAAGUAGCACAUAUAAUAUCACAUUUAUAUGAUUUUUCAUCAUCACCUUCGGAUAAAAAUAAUAAAGCAAUGGAAAAAUUACAACGAACUAUUCAUGAUGAAUUACAAUUUCAAUUAGAAUUAAUGAAAACAAAAGGUGCCAUUGAAAUUAUUUUAGCUGCUGCAUCAGCAUCAACAUUAACAGAAACAAAUUCUACAAAUAAUCAUAAUCAUAAUAAUAAUAACAACAACAACAACAGCACGGUGAUUUCUUCAAUGUGA